AUGUCUACCACACAGAGAAAAGGCAGCAGCCACCUGUUCGGUGUGCGCACGUGUAAGCUGAAGCUGCAAGAGGACCGGCCACAGCAAGAAAAAUCUGUCAUUGCUCAACCAGUAUUUGUUUUUGAAAAGGGAGAGCAAACUUUUAAGAGACCUGCAGAAGAUACCCUGUAUGAAGCAGCAGAACUUGAAUGUAAUGGUUUUUCAAGAAAGCGUGUAUGGUCUUCAUCUUUUACUUGGCAUACUACAGAUUCUCAGUCCCGGGGAGUGUCAACCUUGUCUCAGAAGCGAAUGAGAUCUUCAUCCUUCACUGACCUCCCAACCUUCCCCCCUUCUGGGCCAGUGAGGAAAAACAAUGUUUUUAUGACAUCAAUUCUUGUGCAAAGUAAUGUUGACGAAAACAGUGCAGAACAAGGUCCUGUGAAGCAUUCUGAACAUGUUCUCAGACCUGCUAUUUUGCAGCCACCUCAAGUUCAAAGCUGUGAAAAAGUAAGAAAAACAGUUGGACACAGUGCAUUGGAAUCCUGUAAGACUAAAGAAAAAGCAAAUAAGGUUUCUGAGGAGAAUUCCUAUUUGCUAAGUGAAAAUUUACCAAAUGCCAGAAUUUCAAUCCAGCUGUCUACCAAUCAGCAUUUUUCAGGUGCAACAUCAGUAGGAUGUCAACCAAACGAAGAUAAGUGCUCUUUUAAAAGCUGCAGUUUCAAUUUCGUUUUUGGAGAAAACAUGGUAGAAAGAGUUUUGGACACUCAAAAACUCACCCAGCCUCAAUCUGAAAAUGACUCAUAUGCCAAGGAAAAACCAUUCAAAUCCACUCUGGAAUUUCCUAUCAACUCCUUAAAUUCAAGAACAAACUCUAUUAAAAAUACAUCUCUAAUUGAAUCAGCUGCUGCUUUCUCUUCCCAACUCCCACAAAAAUGUUUGCUGGAGAAAAUUGAUGUUGUAACAGGGGAGGAAGAAGAACACAAUGUGUUAAAGAUCAACUGCAAGCUUUUUAUAUUCAACAAAACAACACAAUCCUGGAUUGAAAAAGGCAGAGGAACUUUGAGACUGAAUGACACAGCAAGCAGUGACUGUGGAACAUUACAGUCAAGACUAAUUAUGCGCAAUCAAGGCAGUCUGAGGCUGAUCCUCAACAGCAAACUGUGGGCUCAAAUGAAGAUUCAAAGGGCAAACCACAAAAAUUUACAAAUAACAGCUACUGAUUUAGAAGACUAUAGCAUCAAAAUAUUUUUGAUUCAGGCCAGCGCCAAAGAUACAGGAUAUCUGUAUGCAGCAAUACAUCACCGUCUUGUUGCACUUCAAAGCUUCAAUAAGCAAAAAGAUGUCAAUCAAGCUGAAAGGCAGUCAGAAACAGUCCAACAAUUAAACUGUGAUAGCUGUGAUGAGGAUGAGGAUGAUUUCACCCAAGUCACUAAAAAUAGAUCAGAUCCUUCUAGGUGGACCUACAGACAGUCGGUUGCGUGUUCAUGAGCACCACCUACUAUAAACAUGACAACAUCUACAAAAGGAUUGGUCACCCUACUGGACAUACUCAAACAUCCUAACUAAUUGAGAAGAUCUAUUCAUUCCUUGAAAAGUUUUUAUAGAAAGCUUAAGAAAUGUAACUUGUUGCAAUUAAAAUUUUUCUCUUAUGUUUUAUAUUUUACAUUUUGAUUGGAGUGGAGAAA